AUGCGCUUCAUUAACGACACGCAAAAGGAUUGGGUUAGAGACACUUUUUACUUGGAUGUCUUCGGGGUGGAUAAUUGCCGAGGAGAGAGGAUUAAUAGCACUCUCGGUGAAGAAGAAGAGAAGAUUGGCAGAGAACGCAUGAAAAAGUGCGAAAACUGGAGGGAUUUUGAUGACGUGGUGUCGAUUUACGCCGUAAAUCCACACAAAACAGCUUUGAAGCUGCUUUUGUCAUCAUCAGACUCGCCUAACCUGGAAAGCGGGAGUUCGGUGUCGAUUUACGCCGUAAAUCAACGCAGAACUGCUCUAAUCCUUCUUUUGGCAUCAUCAGAUUGUUGGAAAACAGAGAAAUCUGACUUUGAUGUCGGUUUACGCUACGAACGAGACACUGUGCAGAAGAAGACGUUCACGAAAUGGGUCAACAAGCACUUAUCAAAGACGGGUCUCAAAGUGGACGAUCUAUUCGUUGAUCUUCGUGAUGGAUAUGCACUGAUUGCACUGUUGGAAGCAUUGACCGGCGAGCGAAUUCAAAAAGAGAACGGCUACACACGAUUUCAUCGUAUCCAAAAUGUGCAGUAUUGUCUCGACUUUUUGAAGAAGAAAAAUAUCAAAUUAGUGAACAUCCGACCGGAGGACAUUGUCGAAGGCAACGGAAAACUGACACUCGGCCUCAUCUGGACGAUCAUCCUCAACUUCCAGGUCUCAGUUAUCCGACAACGUCUUCUGAUGGAGUCACAACACGAGCAAAUGAGUGGUGGUGCACACACGUCCAACUCACAGGUCCCGUUUUACGCUAUUAACAUGUCUCCAUUCAAAUUUCAGAAGGGGUUCAGCAGUGUGCAAAAAUUGAGAUAUUUCGGAUAUUUUUAUUCAAAAAAAUAUUAA